AUGACGGUGACAAGUCAUCUUCCAAAAUACAUGCUCUUUUCCAACUGCCGACGGAUCAGUGAAAGCAGAUUUCAGUCCCCUGGCUCACAACAGAGGUUUCAAACAGCGUCGGAAGGUUUUGCCCAAGCUGCCCGCAAGUGUUACAGAGAGGUUCCUUCAGAGAAAUCGGAAUCCUUUGCAGCUAUGUUGAGACACUCACCUUUGAUUCAGAUGGGACCUGCCAAGGAUAAAAUCGCCAUUGGUCAAAUAUUCCAUGUUGUAGAAGAUGACCUUUAUAUAGAUUUUGGAGGCAAGUUUCACUGUGUCUGCAAAAGACCAGAAGUAGAUGGAAACAAGUAUCAGAGAGGAUCCCGAGUGCGCCUGAGACUGCUGGAUCUUGAACUCACAUCUCGGUUCCUGGGUGCAACGACUGAUACGACUUUGUUGGAAGCUGACGCGGUGCUUUUAGGGCUUGUGGAAAGCAAGCAAACAAAGCAAAAGGGGUAAAUUUCACGUAAAUAAAUCUACUUUGUGCUUUAGAGCAAGUUAUACAAAUGAAAUGUACCCUUGGGAGAGGAACAAAAAGUUUCUUUCCGGUUGGUUAUGUAAAUAGUGAGAUCAAUAAAAGACAAUGAGCACAUUGUACCCGA